AUGGAUGUCACAGACAGCAGCAGUGGCAGAGAACGUUUGGGAAUACGCUUUACGAUCGACUACCUGUUGUUCAACAAGGGGAGCAGCACUUUGAGAGAGGAUCACGAGGCACAGAGCCCCACAGCUGAUCCAAUGCCCCAUUGCAUAAAGGGUGAGCAAAGGCAGGGCACCCUGUCAGACAGGGACAGCCCGGAGCUGCACGGCCAGGAGAAAGAGGCCGAGGGAUCAGAGGAGGAGCAUGAAGAAGAGCCAGGGAAAGGAGAGGGAAGAGAGGGGGACAGCAGCUCAGAAAACCCCCAGGAUAAGCCAACCCAGUCCUACAUUGCCCUCAUUUCAAUGGCAAUCCUGGCCUCUGAGGAGAAGAAGCUCUUGUUGUGUGAUAUCUACCAGUGGAUCAUGGAUCAUUACCCAUACUUCAAGAGUAAGGACAAGAACUGGAGGAACAGUGUGCGCCACAACCUGUCCUUGAACGAGUGCUUUGUCAAAGCCGGCCGCAGUGACAACGGCAAGGGCCACUUCUGGGCCAUUCACCCUGCGAACAUCCAAGACUUUUCUAAAGGGGACUACCAGCGCCGCCGCGCCCGCCGAAGGAUCCGCAGAGCGGCGGGACAGCUUCCGUACUCGCUGCCUCCUCUGCACCACCCCAUCCACCGCCUGCGGAGUGCACCGUUCUGGGGCUUCCCGCCAGACCACCGCCUCCCCUGCAUCCCAGCCAGGAUGUGGUGGAACUGGGCCUCGCUGCCCGCUGCGCACACCCCACCCUUCCUCUCUAUUCUCUAG